AGAGAUCCUCUCCGGAUGUCUUUCCGAUUAUUUAUUGCUCAAGCAAAGCUCAAGUAUAAAUAAGAAGCCAAUGAUCUCUUUAGCUCUUAGCAAGCAGCUCAGAGUUGUAAGAGAAUAUUUUGAGAAUGGGACGCGGUAGUAGGAGAUCGCAGCGGCUUGCUUUGUUUUCUUUGUUUUGUAUUCAAAUUCUUGCAGUGAGUGUGGUUGCAAGGAACGUAGUGAGUGUGAGGCGUGAUGAGGAGGAGAAGAACUUAGCUGGUGGUGGAGGAUUUGGCGCUGGAGGUGGAGUAGGCGGAGGUGGUGGUGGGGCUGGAGGCGGUGCUGGUGGUGGUUUUGGAGGUGGUGGUGGGGGUGGAGCUGGAGGCGGUGGAGGAUUUGGAGCUGGAGGUGGUGGAGGAGUAGGUGGUGGGCAUGGGGUUGGAGGUGGCGUUGGUGGUGGGUUUGGUAAAGGUGGUGGCAUUGGUGGUGGGAUUGGUAAGGGUGGAGGAGUAGGUGGUGGUGCUGGUGGUGGAUUUGGCAAGGGUGGUGGUGUCGGUGGUGGAAUUGGAAAGGGUGGAGGAAUAGGAAAAGGUGGUGGAGCAGGUGGUGGUUUUGGAAAAGGAGGAGGCAUUGGCAAGGGUGGUGGAGUUGGAGGAGGAGCCGGUGGUGGGUUUGGAAAAGGUGGUGGUGGUGGUGGCGGAGCCGGUGGUGGCUUUGGAAAAGGUGGUGGAGCAGGUGGUGGAUUUGGUAAAGGUGGCGGUGUUGGUGGGGGAAUAGGAAAAGGGGGAGGUGUUGGUGGUGGAGCUGGUGGUGGCCUUGGAAAAGGUGGAGGUGUCGGUGGCAGUGGUGGCUUUGGAAAAGGUGGCGGUAUUGGCGGGGGAGCAGGAGGAGGGUUUGGUAAAGGUGGUGGAGUAGGUGGAGGCAUUGGAAAGGGUGGUGGAAUUGGUGGUGGUGGUGGUUUUGGUAAAGGUGGUGGUAUUGGAGGAGGAAUUGGCAAAGGUGGGGGAGUUGGCGGUGGCGUUGGAGGCGGCUCUGGCGGUGGGAUUGGGGGCGGAUUUGGCAACGGUGGUGGUGUCGGAGGAGGAAUAGGGGGAGGUUCUGGUGGUGGAUUUGGAGGCGGUGGCGGAUUUGGUGGAGGAGCAGGCAAUGGUGGUGGAUUUGGUGGGGGUGGUGGUGCUGGUGGAGGUGGUGGUAUUGGACACCACUGAGCUUCAUGUUAUGCAUGCACACACACACUUGCAUGUUUAUGAACGAUGGUGGUAUUAGACACCACUGAGCUUCAUGUUAUGCAUGCACACACGCAUGUAUAUGAACGAAGGAUCUAUCAACUAGUACUUUGUCUAAUAAUUAAUGAACAAUUUUUAUUACUACUACUUUUUGAUUAA